AGGACUUCUGAGCCAGUCUUUCAAUCAGUUGGCUGGCAGGCAGACAGGGCAUUAACAUAAAGAACUGAGGGGGCUGUAUGAGGUCCACCAAAGAUUGUCAAGGAUCUAAACUGUGCCUCAUCUGUUCAGCACUAAACCUCAACUUUUUCUGUAGUUAACAGCCCUUCAAGCUGCGGAACUGCAGCAUUUGCAAUUCUUCUAACCAAGGAUCUUAAAAAAAGUACUUUGGAGGAUUUGCACUUCAGAAAGCUGGUCAGUACCAUGAGUGACACUCUUAGACCCCCUUCGCUCCAGGUGAGCAUCCCGAGCGAUUCUCCGGCAUACUCAGACGGAGGACGCAACGCAGUGUCAGAUGGCUCCGUGCGAUCCAGCUCCUCAACCCCGACUCUCCGGCGCAAGCGCUUCAAGAUGCGGCGCAUGAGGAACGUGCCGAGCGAGAGGGAGCUCGAAAGGGGGCGGCUAACCAUCGGUCACCUCACGGCCCAAUCCCGCUCCAGCUCCAAGGAGUACCUCCAGUUGCCUUCCAUUGAGAUCACACCAUCCAGCGAUGAAGAUGCCCCCUCUUCCUGGUCCAGGUGCUCCACGCCCAGCGCCUCUCCACGACGCAAGCGUUUCCUGUUGAGGAAGUGGCUGAAGGUCCGACAGAAGAAGGAGCAGUGCAGUGAGAGCAGCAGCCAGCAGAGCAGUCAGCAGAGCAGCCAGCAGAGUAGCCAUGAAGACGACAGCACUCGUUUCCUGACUCCGUUAAUCCGAGAGGAGAGGUCUGACAGUGCAGCGGACAAGAUCAGCACUGCCAGUAACUCAAACAAGAGCACACCCGCCUGCUCACCAGUCCUGCGUAAACGCUCGCGCUCUCCCACACCACAGAGCCAGGAGGGUGAGAACAUGGUGGAGAAGGGUUCAGACCACUCCUCUGACAAAUCCCCCUCCACGCCCGAGCAGGUUGUCCAGAGAACGUACUCCUUGCAGUCAGCAAGAAGCGGGGGAAAGAACUCAAAGUCUCACAAGCGACUUUCCAAAUAUGACAGACUAAACCUGAUUAAAAAGAGCCAAAGCUGGUACAACCAUGAAAGACAACACAUCCUGAGAGUGCUGAGCCCGACAUACAAGCAGCGCAAUGAGGACUUCAGGAAACUCUUCAAGCAGCUCCCUGACACAGAAAGGCUCAUUGUGGACUACUCCUGUGCUCUUCAAAGGGACAUCCUCCUGCAGGGACGACUCUACCUCUCUGAGAACUGGAUCUGUUUCUAUAGCAACAUCUUCCGCUGGGAAACACUGCUGACAGUGCGGCUAAAGGACAUCUGCUCGAUGACGAAAGAGAAGACUGCCCGCCUCAUUCCCAAUGCCAUCCAGGUCUGCACCGACACUGAGAAGCACUUUUUCACCUCAUUUGGAGCCAGGGACAGGACGUACAUGAUGAUGUUCAGACUGUGGCAGAAUGCACUGCUGGACAAGCCCCUGUGCCCCAAAGAACUGUGGCACUUUGUUCAUCAGUGCUAUGGCAACGAGCUCGGCCUAACUAGUGACGAUGAGGACUAUGUUCCCCCUGAUGACGACUUCAACACCAUGGGGUUCAGUGAAGAGAUCCCCAACGAAGAGAAUGAGAUCAACAAUGACAACUUGUCUAAGAGCAGCGCUGAGGCCAAGCCAGAAGGGAGUCCUCCUCUGUUACAUAAGAAGGUGGUCCCAAACAGCACCAUCCCCAGCCCAGGCAACCAAGACACACCCAUCACAUUUGACCUCCCAGCAGACGAGUAUGCAGACUGCCUACCAGACGGCGAGCUGCUUACAGUGCCCCUCUUAGUUGAAGAGAAGAACAAUGAUACCAGCGGGCCUGGUGGACCUGUCCCUUCACCGUCUCUGGACUUCAAUGACAACGAAGACAUCCCCACUGAGCUCAGUGACUCCUCCGAAACACACGACGAGGGUGAAGUACAGGCCUUUCAUGAGGAUCUGAAUGGCAGGCAGCACAUCAAUGAGAUCUACAAGUUCAGCGUGGACAAGCUCUACGACAUCCUCUUCACAGAGUCGCAGUUCAUGAGUGACUUCAUGGAACAGAGACGAUUCUCAGAUGUGGUGUACCACCCGUGGAAGAAAGAGGAGGCUGGGAAUCAGACCAGAGAGAUCUUGUACACCAUCUCACUGUCCAACCCCCUGGCCCCCAAAACAGCCACAGUCACUGAGACACAGACUCUGUACAAAGCCAGCCAGGAAAGUGAGUGUUACAUCAUCGAUGCUGAGGUCAUCACACAUGACGUGCCCUACCACGAUUACUUCUACACUCUCAACCGCUACAUGCUCACCAGGGUGGCCAAGAAUAAGUGUCGGUUACGGGUAUCAACAGAGCUGCGCUACAGGAAACAGCCGUGGGGGCUGGUGAAAGGCUUCAUAGAGAAAAACUUCUGGAGCGGGUUAGAAGAGAACUUCCGCCAUCUAGAGUUGGAGCUGUCCAAGCUGGAGGAGAUACUGACCGAGUCCCACCAACUGUCUCCGAAGGCCAAGGUGGUGAAAAACUCCACGGUGAGGCGGAAGAAGAGGCCACUCCCCCACAUUCGCAGCCAGCAUCUGGACGAGGCGCUCAGCCCCGUCACCACGCCGACGGAUGAGGAAGUGAUUCAGAGGAUCAAACAAGUGGCGGGCUCCACGCAAACCAGACACCAGAGUCCAGAACACCAUCACCUGCCCGGAGGCCUGGCUCUGUACAGCGUCUCCAAACUGCUGCUCAUCAUCAGCUUUGUCCUGGUCCUGCUGGUGUUCCUCAACAUGAUGCUCUUCUACAAGCUGUGGAUGCUGGAGUACUCUGCACAGUCCUUAACAACCUGGCAAGGUCUGCGGCUUCAUGAGAGUAAACUGCCUCAGACGCAGAUGGAGUGGGCCCAGCUCCUGGAGGCGCAGCAGCGUUACCAUGACUCCGAGCUGCAGAAGUGGAGGGAGAUUAUCAAGUCGUCAGUAGUGCUGCUAGACCAGAUGAAAGACUCCUUAUUGAACCUCCAGCGAGGCAUUGGUUUAAGGGACUACAGCUCCGAGGCUGAGGAGAAGAGAAGUCGCUAUCACUGACACAACACCACCAAGGCCAUGAGGGCAUGCUGUGCAAUAUACUGUAGGACCUGUUUUGUUUGUGAAGCAGUGUGCAGGCAACAGCCAGGCAGAGAGAGGGAGAGGACAGAGGGGGAGGCGGGACCAACGGUGAGCUGGUCCAAUGGACACAAAGAGAGGAACAGUCGUCUCCAGCGCACAAAGGUUUAAACCCCCAGGAGGAGGAAAUCACGGAUAGGAAGUGUCCCCAUCACACGCAGGAACUGAGGAGUCCCCGACAUCACUGAGGCAUUGUGGGAAGGUGCUCCUUCUUUACACCCUGUGGGAUAAACCGUUUCCUUCUACUCUCUUAUUUCCAAGUGCAUCCUACUGUAAGCCAUGUCGACCAGAGAGUCGCAGAUAGAGAGAAGGAAAACUACUGCAUGCAUUUAGACAACCUAGCUCCCCUCAGUCAGUGUUCAUGUGGUCCAGUUCCAGUCUAUGUGUGUCAAUAAAAAGAAGAACAGAAGACGAGGAGAGGUGGAGUCGAAGAGAAGGGGGGUCCUUUCGAGUCUUAAUGGCUGUCUACACUCUCUAGACUGUUCCAAACCAAUCGUCCCCCUAGAGGUCCUCGCUGCAGCGUCCCUUUAACCAACCUCCAUGUGAUCAGAGUGCAGUAUUGUUCCACAACCAAAAAAUGAAACAAGUGUUGUAGCUGGGAGCUCAUCCUCACCGAUCAGCCCCUAUUGCCUUGUUUGAAGCUGGCCUGUGUGGUCUCCGUCAGGGCUGGUUCCCUGUCAGAGUGUUGUGUUGAAAUAUUUAUAUGUUGAAGCUCAAGACUGAUGAGACCGAAGCCAGUACUUUUAACCCUGUACACAAUUCACAUAAUCAGUUGCCCCUGCCAGUGUCAGCCGCCAGUGUCAGCCACCGUGCAUUGCAUUAUUCCUCAUCCUUCUGAUGAAGUAGAAUGUAUUAGCCUGGACGAAAAGGCCAGACUUUGAUUGCAACAUAUUAAUUUCUCUGGAAAAAAAAAAGGGGUGCUGCAGCCAGACCGAUAGGUAGACCUGUGUUCUUACAUGUUUUAUUACUAAACUGUGACUAUAUCUCUUUAAAAAUGUUUCAAAUUAGAAAGAAUUCUAUGAAUAUAUUUGAAAUAUAUAAGAAUAUUUCAUUAUUUAAUAUAUAUAUUUCAAAAUAUAUAAACAUUACCUAUAUUUAUUGUUAAUUUAUGUACAUAAAGAAAUUAUCAGAGCUCUAGACCAGUUAAAGAUUUCUAACAAAAAGUGUUUUCUUCUAAAAAAAUGCAUGCCAGAUAUGUCUGUGACAUGUCCAGUGUGCAAGUAUGAUUCUGCAUUUGCGCGAUUAUAUUCGCGCUUGUGUGUGUGUGUGUGUGUGUGUGUGUGUGUGUGCGCGCGUGCAUGUAUGAGUGCGUGUGCAUACAAGUGUGUGCUGUAAAGUGUGACAUUUUUACCAUUCCACACUUGUAUGUUUCUUAAUUUUUCUUUUCUGGCUCCUGCAGCCAGACUGCCUUUUUUUUUUAAUGCUAAUGCAUCUGGAUGCCGCCUUGCAUUAGCCCCAGCAGGGUACAGUUUACAAUCGAAGAGUUUUGUUCCAAAAUGACAUAUCCAGCGUUAAAAAAAACAAAGUUACACCUACUUUUACAAAAUGAGUGAUUGCUUAAACUAUCAAUUCAUGUCAGCGUUUGACACAUACUAUGUAGCUUAAAUCCACGGUUGACAAAAGGAAGAAGAUAAAAUUGAUUGUCUAAAUGUUAAGAUGAACUUGAUUAUUUUUCUCUUGUAAAUGGAUAUAUAACAUUUUGGAGAUGAACCCUUCAUUUGCCCUCUUUGAGCAACUCCUUGCCCACGUCACCACAUUAGUGGCUUGACGACUCUUUGCUAAAAGGAAUAGUUUUCAAAUUCUUACAGAAAGAUGGAUGAAAAGACUGAUGCUAAAUGUGAAGCUACAGCCAGCAGCUGCUAAGCUUAGCUUUGCAAGAAGUUUCCUCCUGUUUCCAGUCUUUAUGCUAAGCUAAGCUAACAUCUCCUGACUCUAGCGUCAUAUUUAACAUGAAUAUUUGACUAUCAGUCUUCUCAUAUACCUCUCUGCAAGAAAGCAAAUAAGAAUAAUUCCCAAAUUGUCAAACUAUUCCUUUAAAAAAACCUGUUCACCCAUAUUAUACUCUCCCCUCCCCCUUUUCAAGUGUCUGUCUUGGAUGCACUGAAAGCAUGACGAUGAACUCUACGCAACUAAAUUGAACCAAAAGAAAGAAGUAGAAAUGUACCUUCACGAAUGAUCAUGUUGUUUUAAAUUAAGUAUUUAUCAUGUAUGUCAUGUAUUGUAUACAGUAUAUUCCGGGUUAGGUGCGGUUAAGAGCAUCUUUUAAGAGCCUGUCCACAGAGACCCCUGUCAGCUGACGGUCUUUGGCGAUGAAAGCACUUCCAAAAAUAAGAAAUCUUCCUUGUGUUAAAAAAAAAGAGAGAUGAAGUGAAGCACUUUAAGGCCUUUUCAGGUAAAGAAUGAAGGAAAGAAAUGGCAGCGGUAUAGUUUGGAGGUGAUUGCAGAGCUGAAGAAAUUGUGUCUAUGGUGUGUUUUAGUUAAUUUGACAAUCACACUGGUGAUUACCAACUUCCAAACCUGUUAAAAAUAACUGGAUUUUAAUCCUGCUGGCUCACAAAUGGUGUCACUUCCACCCAAAUAGAACAUUUGUGCAUUAUUCUGUUCAACAUGGGUAUCUCUUUCAGUGGCACAUCCCAAAGCCUUUCUUGUCUAUUUCAGGGCAAGGUAGGAAUGAGUGAUUCAUAUGAGGGAAAUGUUAUCUUUACUGUGUGCCUGCAUGGCGUGUUAACAGCAGAAAAGCUUCAGGAUUGGGCCUCUGCUGCGUGUGUGUCACAUUCAAAGAAGGCACUGAGUAUUGAUAACACAUGGGAACCUUAAGACCUGAAUGUGAGUGGUUGGAAAUGUUUUCUGUUUUAAAGAAAUCACUUUCACAAUCCUGAUGACACUGAAAGAUUACAGUGAAGUUACGCUUCAUGUAUAUGAUGGUACAGAAAUGUCAUAUGAACGUGUGAUUGAAAUGCUUUAAAGAGUUUGUUUUUCAUAUGAUGAAAUGGUUUUUUUUUUCCAGAUGCUUGAAUUAUAUUUUUUGUUUUGAAAAUGACAAACAUUCACAUACUGUUUUGAACGGGACAUGGUAAAUGCUUGAUUAAGUUGGUUUUACUCCCCAACUCCAGUUUUAUUGACACCUGAUUUUAAUCUCGGGACACUGAUGUUUUAUUUCACUGUCAAAGCUGAGUGAAAUGGUUUAUAGUGGCCGACACAUUUUAAUAUUGAGCUGCUGUAAAACGCACAUCCUCCUCAGUCCAAAUCGGAUAUUCUCUCGAGCCUCAGAGGAACUGUCACAGCAGAGCUGAAUUUCAUCUCAUAAAUCUCCACAGUUAUGCAAAUUAAACACUUUUGCAACCUCAUCAUUCCCUUUAAACCUCUGUGUUUCUUAUUUGGAGCAACAAAUUUGAUUUAAACCAAUCUAAACGUCUGACAGAUAACACCUGUUUGUUUUUUUUGCUUUUUUUGUUUUCAAUCUUCUUCACAGUUAUCUGCGUUUCAUGAAUGAUUGUAUGAUUGCUAUCACUGCACAGCUGUUGAACCAAGGUGACCUAAGAGUUCUGGGUGCCACCCGUUUUGUCACUGACAUGUAAUGAAUUGUGCGCUUCAUCGACUGUAUUAAUUGGCAUUUGCCUUGCUUGUCACAGAGCCGGCGAGACAUCGGUGCCACCCAUGCAUCACAGUGCUAGCUAACAGCCUUGGUUAACACACGAUAGGAAUCACACACAACCUGCUGAAAAUGACCACUGAUCAAACUCAUAGCAAAUGCUCUUCUUCGAGUGUGUCUUGAUAAAAUAUGUACUGGUGUAGUUCUGUUCAAAACGACUUCUACUGUAUGUUGUUUUGUUUUUUUCAUUUGUUUUUUUUUUUUGUUUUUUUUAGACAAUGUUUUGAUCUCUAGAGAGACUUUUAGUGACAUUUCUACAUGAGAUAAAUAUACUGUAAGUAUAUGUUGUGUAUAUCUGCAGUGUGCACACACACACACUGACAAAAGAAUCCAACCUGCGCUGCGCGUAGGUCCUGACUUGCCGAUGACUUUGCCUCAUAGAGACUGAAGAUAAAAGUGGCUUUCUGGUUCAUGUGAAGUAGAGAUUGGAAGUAUGAAUAAAAAAUAUA